GGCAACUGCCAAUGAAUGAAUCUGGCAACCACAGUCCACAGCAAAGUUCAAAGUGUGUCUAGAUUGCGCAGUUUUGUCGAUGAGAGUGUGCAGAACGCUCGUGAACGCUCAUUCUGCUGUGGGACUGAACACGGCGUGGCGAUGAGAGGCUCUGUCGUGCUUUCAUUCUGCGUCCUGAUCCAGCUGAGUCUACAAAACACAGUGAAUGCAGACGCACCUGUCUUGCAAACCAAGUUUGGGGCCCUGAAAGGUGAGUAUGUGAAAGCGAAGGGAAAGGACACGGUUGUCCAUUCCUACCUGGGCGUUCCCUUCGCCAAGCCGCCCGUGGGUCCUUUGAGAUUUUCUCCUCCACAGCCUGCAGAGAAAUGGGCCGGAGUGAGAGACGCUACAAAACAGCCAUUCAUGUGUCUGCAGGAAAAGCAGUUAGUUGAAGACUUGGUAGCCAAUAUGUCAAUUUCCAUAGAGGUUUCUGACUCAUCAGAGGAUUGUCUUUACCUCAACGUCUACACACCUUCUAAACCUGGAGCAGCUGACAAAUUGCCUGUCAUGGUUUGGAUCCAUGGUGGAGGUUUGUCGAUGGCUGCUGCAUCACUGUUUGACGGACAUGUUUUGGCUGCCUAUCAGGAUGUAGUUGUGGUUCUGAUUCAGUACAGACUUGGCCUACUUGGAUUUUUCAGCACGGGAGAUGAACAUGCGCCAGGAAACUAUGGCCUUCUGGAUCAGGUUGCAGCUCUUCAGUGGGUUCAGGAGAACAUCCACAGCUUCGGUGGAGAUCCUGGAUCAGUGACCAUCUUUGGAGAGUCUGCAGGAGGAGUCAGUGUGUCUUUACAUAUUCUUUCUCCAUUAUCUGCAAACCUCUUCCAUCAUGCCAUCGCAGAGAGCGGUACGGCAGCGAUGGAUGCCAUCAUGAGUCCCAACCCUCUGUUAACAGCCCAAUAUGUAGGAAAUGCAUCUGGCUGUGAUAUUUCCAGCACAAAGAAUAUUGCUGACUGUGUGAUGCAGCUGACAGAAGAGGACAUACUCACACUGGUUAAGGAGAAUCCAAUGGUUCGUUUUGGAGUGACGAUGGAUGGCCGGUUCCUUCCCAAACCUGUAGAGGAGCUUCUUCAAUCCCAGCAGUUUAAUAAAGUGCCUCUGAUCAAUGGAAUCACGAAUGAUGAGUGUGGAUUUAUGCUGCCUAAUUUCUUUUCACCACAAGGAUGGACAGAUGGGAUGGACAUGGAGCAGAUCUUGCCGUUUUUGACCAUAUUUAACCCUACUGUUCAAGAUCAGUCAGUUGUUGAGCUUGUUUUAAAUGAGUAUCUAGGCACAUCCCCUGACAGGACCAAAAUCCGAGAUGGUUUUCGAGAGAUGUUAGGAGAUUUUUUGUUCAACAUCCCAGCUCGCAAGGUAGCGAAUUACCACAGAGAUGCCGGUGCACCAGUAUACAUGUACGAAUUCCAGCAUCCUCCCAGCCUACUUCAAAAGAAACGACCCAGUUUUGUUGGAUCUGACCAUGGAGAUGAAGUUAUAUUUGUGCUUGGUUUUUGCUUUGCAAAUGGACGUAUAAAGCUGGAAGAGGAGCUCUCAGAAGAAGAGAAUGAACUCUGUAGAACUGUCAUGGCUUACUGGGGAAACUUUGCUCGCACUGGGUCUCCAAAUGGUCUGGGCCUCACAGAGUGGCCUAAAUUUGGAGCUGAGGCUGAGUAUCUCAGCAUUGGACUGGAACAGAAACCUGCGAAAGACCUGAAAGGAAAACACUUCACUUUCAUGACUCAAACUCUUCCGCGGAAAAUAAAAGAGCGAAAGGAAGGACCUCUAGUUCACACCAAACUAGGAAGUUUAAGAGGUGCAUUCAUGACUGCGAAGGGCAAGGAAACUGUCAUCAGUAGCUAUUUUGGUGUACCAUUUGCAAAGCCUCCCGUGGGUCCGUUGAGACUAGCUCCACCACAACCUGCAGAGGCUUGGCAAGGAGUGAGAGAUGCUACAAAACAGCCACCCAUGUGUCUACAGGCAAGGGAGGUGCUUUUGGAACUGUUAGCUAAUUUUUCUAUGAGUGUGGAGGUUCCUGAAGUAUCCGAAGACUGUCUUUACCUCAACAUUUACACUCCUUCUAAACCCGGAGACAACAGCAAGUUACCUGUUAUGGUUUGGAUUCAUGGUGGAGGUUUUUCUGCAGCCUCUGCUUCCAUUUUUGACGGACUUGUUUUGGCUGCUUAUCAAGAUGUAGUCGUGGUCUUGAUCCAGUAUAGGCUUGGUCUGCUCGGCUUCUUCAGCACGGGAGAUGAACAUGCACCAGGAAACUAUGGCCUUCUGGAUCAGGUUGCAGCUCUUCAGUGGGUUCAGGAGAAUAUCCACAGCUUCGGUGGAGAUCCUGAAUUAGUGACCAUCUUUGGAGAGUCUGCAGGAGGAGUCAGUGUGUCUUUACAUGUUCUUUCUCCGUUAUCCUCAAACCUGUUUCGUUAUGCCAUCGCAGAGAGUGGUACGGCAGCAAUGGAUGCCAUCAUGAGUCCCAACCCUCUGCCAACAGCCCAAUAUGUAGGAAAUACAUCUGGCUGUGAUAUUUCCAGCACAAAGAAGAUGGUUGACUGUGUGAUGCAGCUGACAGAAGAGGACAUCUUGAAGAUUGCUAAGGAACAACUAAUGCUUCGUUUUGGAGUGACCAUCGAUGGCCAGUUCCUUCCAAAACCUGUAGAGGAGCUUCUUAAAUUCCACGAGUUUAGCAAAGUCCCUCUGAUCAAUGGAGUUACUAAUGACGAUGGAGGCUAUACAUUGCCCAAUAUUAUUGGACCCCCAGGAUGGAUAGAUGGAAUGGACAGAGAGCAGAUCAUGCCAUUUUUGCCUUUAUUUAAUCCUGAUUUUCAGAAUCAGGUGUUUGCCGAGUUUGUUUUAAAUGAGUAUCUGGGCACAUCCAGUGACAGGAUCAAAAUCAGAGAAGGUUUUCGAGAGAUGAUGGGGGACUUUUUUUUCAACAUCCCAGCUCGCAAAGUAUCGAAUUACCACAGAGAUGCCGGUGCACCAGUAUACAUGUAUGAAUUCCAGCAUUCUCCCAGUCUACUUAAAAAGAAUCGACCCAGUUUUGUUGGAUGUGACCAUGGAGAUGAUAUGUUUUUUGUUCUGGGUUACUGCUUUGGAAGACAUCUAAAAGUGCAAGAUGAAUUCUCAGAGGAAGAGAAUGAACUUUGUAAAACUGUCAUGGCUUAUUGGGGAAAUUUUGCUCGCACUGGGUCUCCGAAUGGUCCAGGCCUCACAAAGUGGCCUGAAUAUGGAGAUGAGUCUGAAUAUCUCGGCAUUGGAUUGGAACAGAAACCUGGCAAAAACUUCAAGGGAAAACACUUCGAUUUUAUGACCCAAAAACUUCCACAGAUAAUAAAAGAGUGGAAGGAAGGACCUCUAGUGCAAACAAAAUUAGGAUCUCUGAGAGGUGCCUUUCUGACUGUGAAGGGCAAGGGCACAAUCGUCAAUAGUUAUCUAGGAGUACCGUUUGCCAAGCCCCCUGUGGGCCCCCUGAGACUGGCUCGGCCCCAGCCUGCAGAGAAAUGGGAUGGAGUGAGAGAUGCGACCAAACAGCCACCCAUGUGCAUCCAGGACAGGCAAGUUAGUGUCAUUGAACUUAAGUUUCUCGCUAUGGAUGUGGAGCUUCCCGAGGUCUCAGAGGACUGCUUGUAUCUCAACAUCUACACUCCAGUCAAACCUGGCAAAGACGCCAAGUUACCAGUGAUGGUUUGGAUUCAUGGUGGAGGACUUGUUUUUGGUUCAGCUUCAGUGUAUGACGGCUCCGUUCUGUCAGCGUAUCAGGAUGUGGUUGUGGUGCUGAUUCAGUACAGACUGGGUCUGCUGGGAUUCUUUAGCACGGGAGAUGAACAUGCUCCAGGAAACUACGGUUUUCUGGAUCAGGUUGCAGCUCUUCAGUGGGUUCAGGAGAACAUCCACAGCUUCGGUGGAGAUCCUGGAUCAGUGACCAUCUUUGGAGAGUCUGCUGGAGGAAUAAGUGUAUCCACUCUGAUUCUUUCACCACUGGCUUCUGGUCUGUUUCAUCGUGCCAUUGCAGAAAGUGGGACGGCCUUGUGGGAUGGUUUAGUGAUAGGUAAUCCUUUACUAAGGGCUCAUAACGCAGCCAAAUUAUGCAACUGUGACAGCAGCAGCUCAUCGAAGAUCGUCGACUGCAUCAUGCGCUGGUCUGAGGAGGAAGCUCUGCAAUGUUCUAAACAGUUUGUGAUGAUGCACUUCAGUCUCGCUGUGGAUUCUUAUUUCCUUCCCAAACCUGUAGAGGAUAUCAUUCAGAAGCAAGAGUUCAGUAAAGUUCCUCUCAUCACUGGAAUUACUGAUGAUGAGUAUGGCUUUUUACUGCCUGCAUAUUUUGGAGGUAAAGGACUGAUUGAUGGGAUGGAUAAAGAGCAAGCCAUAAAGGGCCUGACCAUCACAUAUCCUGAUCCCAGGGAUCGAUGGAUCGUUGAUCGGGUGGCGAACGAGUACCUGGGCGACACAAGAGAUCCCAUUCAAAUCAGAGACAUUUACAGAGAGAUGAUGGGCGACCUGAUGUUCAACAUCCCUGCCCUCCAACUGGCAAAAUACCACAGCGCCUCAGGAGCGCCGGUGUACCUGUACGAGUUCCAGCAUGCUCCCAGUAUGGUCCAGAAGAACAGGCCCAGCUUUGUUGGCGUCGACCACGCAGAUGAACUGUUCUUCAUCCAGGGCACCUGCUUCGCUCAAGCCCACCUCAAAGCAACCGCUCCUUUCACAAAGGAAGAGGAAGAGCUGUGCAGGACCGUGAUGGGAUACUGGGGGAACUUUGCACACACCGGGUCUCCGAAUGGUCCCGGUCUGACACACUGGCCUGAAUAUGAGGGUGAGGCCGAGUAUCUCGGCAUUGGACUGGAACAGAAAGCUGGGAAGCACCUGAAGGGGAAACACUACACAUUCAUGACCAAGACGCUUCCAGAUCUCAUACGCCAAGGCCGAGAGAAAACAGAGCACUUAGAACUGUAAAAAAAACAACUGUGUUUCAUUAGAAAUGAAGUUCAAUGUGUAGAUGACACAGAAAAAAAUUAAGAACUGUGAUUCAACAUAAGAAUUUAAAUACCUAACCUAAGGAAAUCAAAAAAGAGUGUAUUUUGGAGCUGAAGCUCAAAUUUGAUAGGAAAAUGCACAAAUUAAUCACGUGACAUAACUUUAACUAACCUGUUUUGCACUUAAAAAUAAAAGUCAGACAACGUUUAA